GGAAUACAAGGUCUGAAGAAAACCGAAUGAUCCGAGAACGCAAUAUUGAUGAAAAACAAGAACAAAGACAAAGUCGUCGUGAUAAUAACUUUAGGAAUACAAGAUCUGAAGAAAACCGAGUAGUGCGAGCUCGCAAUAUUGAUGAAAAACUAGAGCAACGAGAAAGUCGUCGUGAUAUUAGCUUCAGGAAUGCAAGGUCUGAAGAAAACCGAGUGUUCCGAGCACGCAACAUUGACGAAAAAUUGGAACAACCAGAUGGUCGUCGUGAUAGUAGGUUCAGGAAUACAAGAUCUGAAGAAAACCUAGUAUUACGAGUACGCAAUAUUGAUGAAAAACGAGAGCAACGGGAAAGUCGUCGUGAUAAUAGCUUCAGGUUUGCAAGGUCUGAAGAAAACCGAGUAAUCCGAGCACGCAAUAUUGAUGAAAAACGAGAGCAACGGGAAAGUCGUCGUGAUAAUAGCUUCAGGAAUGCAAGGUCUGAAGAAAACCGAGUAAUCCGAGCACGCAAUAUUGAUGAAAAACUAGAACAACGAGAAAGUCGUCGUGAUAAUAGAAUCAGGAAUGCAAGGUCUGCUGAAAACAUAAUAUCCUACGGCCGAAAUCUUGAUAGAAACAUAGAGCGUCGCGCUUUUGAACGUCGCGCAAUCGAAUUACGACUAACACGGGGAAUCCGACAUAUGCGCGAUAAUGUUGACGAAGUACGCAGGAGCAGAGAUUUGCGAGAUACUCGCGAUGAGCUAAGACGCUCAAGAUCUACGGAUACCCGGCGCAUUGAAAGCGAUGGAACUCUAGAUCGCAGAACUUCAGGUGAUCGCUUUGCUUUAAGAAAUCAGCGUAACAUUCGAUCUCUAGACAGGCUUUCCAGAGGAAGCAAUGACGACAGAAGACUUACUUUUGAAGUCCGAGAGAACCGAGAAAUGAGGGAACGAAAACGUUAUGAUAUCAACGAAGUUGAAAGGAGGAAUCUUGAAUUACGCGUGCGAGAAAGAUUAGACAUCCGAAGAGAAAUUGGUUCUCGCCUCUCAACAACACGUCGGGAAGACAAUAACAGAGAUGGAUGCUUGCUGAUGCACUCCACAAGGAGAACAAAUGAAAUUAAAGUAUCUACAAACAUUGGUGAUCGAGCUUAUGAAAUCAAACACGAAAAGAAUAAUCUUUAUGGUUCCCGUACUGAACGUGUUGCUGAUGAUAGGAUCGAAAUACGAAGCCGAAGGCAACAGUUACGUGAAACUUUAGGAAAUAAGAAUACGCAGCGCGAUAUCGCUCAAAGAACAGUUAUGAAUCGCGCAGAGAAAGAACUGCGCGAUGAAAGCAGAGCACUCCGCGAUACAAAUGAUGAACGCCGCGUGAUUCGCCAAAGAAGUAACUCAGAACAUCGAGAAGUGCGAGAGAGCCAUCGAAGAAACUCUGAAAAUAGAGAUUUCCGCACUGGGAACAAUGAGCGCAGAAUGCGAACUAUGUCUGAAUCGCGUCGAGAUUCCAGGAUUGUUGAACGCGAAAUUUCCCUGCGCACCGAUGACCGAAGGCAGGCUCGCGCAGUACAUGAAAUGAAAGAAUUCAAUAGAAACACCAUUGUUCCUAAAACUACCGAAAGGCAAAAUAUUGACAGUAGAAUGAAGUACAAUAGCGAUUCCUCCAGAAACCAAGUAAGCACAGACGGCAACACUAGAGCCAAAGAUGAAAAUAAAGCAUAUGAAAAUAACUGGCAAAACCUGAUUUACACAAUGCAGGGAAUCUACCUGUGCAGCAUUUUCAUCCCAAUGUUGAUGAACAACAGCAGCUACAAAAAGAAAACAAAAUCCCUGGGUCUACGAACACCUUUCCAGGCGCUUAUCAAGACAGAUUGAACAUUCCAACUUAUAUCUCGCAAUAAUAUUUAAUGUUCUUUGCUUAAAAUAAUGUUGAAAAUUUCAUGUUUUAUUAGUAGAUGAAUAUAGAUGUGUUAUUAUAAGUCAAA